AGGCUGAGAGCAGCACAGCUAGAGACCUCUCUUCGUCUCAUCAGUAGAGAGAAAGGUUAAUUGUGGGGAAACUAAUGAAGACCUCCGUAGUCGUCGUUGCUGCUCUAGCAGCGGUGCUGUUCUUAGCACAGUCGUAUGCUUCCCUCGCCGGCGCCAGCGGCCCCAGGGUCAUCAUCGUCGGCGCCGGCAUGUCCGGGAUCUCGGCGGGGAAGACGCUGUGGGAGGCCGGGGUCCGGGAUCUGCUGAUCCUGGAGGCGACGGGGCGCGUGGGCGGGCGGAUGCACAAGCACAACUUCGGCGGCAUCAACGUGGAGAUCGGGGCCAACUGGGUGGAGGGCCUCGGCGGCGACCAGCUCAACCCCAUCUGGCCCCUCGUCAACUCCACGCUCAAGCUCAGGAACUUCUACUCCGACUUCGACAGCGUCGUCGGCAACGUCUACAAGGAGAACGGCGGUGGGCUGUACGACGAGGAGUACGUGCAGAAGAGAAUGGACCGUGCCUACGAGGUGGAAGAGCUGGGCGCCAACCUUACCAAGAAGAUGCACCCCAGUGGCCGCGACGACAUCUCUGUCUUAGCCAUGCAACGGCUGUUCAACCACCAGCCGAACGGGCCGACGACGCCUGUGGACAUGGCGCUGGACUACUUCAUAUACGACUACGAGUUCGCAGAGCCGCCGCGCGUGACGAGCCUGCAGAACACGCAGCCGACGCCCACCAACGCCGACUUCGGCGAGGACAACUACUUCGUGGCGGACCAGCGGGGGUACGAGUCCAUCAUACACUCCAUCGGCAGCUCCUACCUCUCCACCGACGGCAACGGCAAGCUCAAGGACCGCAGGAUCCUGCUCAACAAGGUGGUGCGGCAGAUCGCCUACAACAAACAAGGGGUGGUCGUGAAGACGGAGGACGGGUCGUCGUACCGUGCGGACUACGUGGUCGUCUCCACCAGCUUGGGCGUCCUGCAGACCGAUCUCAUACAGUUCAAGCCACAGCUGCCCUUCUGGAAGAUCGCGGCGAUCUACAGUUUCGACAUGGGGGUGUACACCAAGAUCUUCCUCAAGUUUCCCGAGCGGUUCUGGCCCGUGGGCGAGGGGAAGCAGUUCUUCAUGUACGCGAGCAGCCGGCGCGGCUACUACGCGCUGUGGCAGUCGUUCGAGCGGGAGUACCCGGGCGCCAACGUGCUCCUGGCCACCGUCACCGACGACGAGUCGCGGCGGAUCGAGCGCCAGAGCGACGACCAGACGAAGGCGGAGGUGGCGGAGGUGCUGCGGGACAUGUUCCCCGGCGCCGACGUGCCGGGCCCCGACCAGAUCGACAUCUACGUGCCGCGCUGGUGGUCCGACCGCUUCUUCAAGGGAUCCUACUCCAACUGGCCCGUCGGCGUCAGUCGCUACGAGUACGACCAGCUCAGGGCGCCGGUUGGGAGGGUCUACUUCACUGGUGAGCACACCAGCGAGCGCUACAACGGCUAUGUCCAUGGAGCAUACCUUGCAGGUAUCGACUCCGCAAACAUCCUCAUCAACUACAUCUUCAAGAACGAGGAGUACAAGGUCCGUGGCAAGUACGACGUGGAGGACGACCUAAUCGCACAGGCUAGAUGAACGACGACGAGUGCACACGCCGGAUGCCCUGCGCCACGACAGAGAGAGACAGAAUAAACUGCCAUGGCUUUAUUUGCCCUGUGGAGCGAUGCAUGCUUCCCCCUUCCCUUUCGAUCUAGAGCAACCCCAGCAGGCGCCCUGCACCGUCUGGCGUCUGCUUGCUGUUCAUGUCCCGUGUCUCUGUGUGUUUUUGGAUUGGAUGCCAAUGGAAUAAGAACGUAGGCUCGAGACCUCUGUUCUAUUUGGUGUU